AUGUCAAAUGAAGUAAUAUUUGUAAUAGAUACUGCUUCGGCAUCCACGGACCUCAGCCAGCAGCAGGAGGAACCAGAGCAGACCAGCAUCGCCCCCAGCAGGAGAAAACGUUCAGUCUUCCACCUGUUUAACAUGAUGACCUGUGCUACGGACUGCAACCCUUUGGAUUAUAAGGGCUAUGGGUGCUACUGCGGUUUCCUUGGCUCUGGAGUCGUGGUGGAUGGCAUUGAUAAAUGUUGCAAGGGUCAUGAUUGGUGCUAUGAACAUGCAAGUUGCAAAGGCAUAGAUCACUACUUUACUCCCUACAAGUGGAAAUGCAACGGAGGAUCACCUUACUGUGUACCUACAAAGGGCCCACUUGGAGGACCUAAUAGCUGCGGCCAUCAACUGUGCGAAUGCGACCGAGAGUUUGUCGAAUGCCUGAAGCAGUACCCCUGUCCCAGGACCAAAGCCAUGUGCAUGACUUCACCCUGGAGAAAUACAAUAUUCUUCGGGAAAAUGGGACGAGAAGCUACCAUAGCUCUCCAGACACUUCUAUAGUCAAUGCCAGGCCAGGCGACGGACUUUGUUCUCGACUCAAACAAGAUAACUCUCACUGUGAUAAAAGACGCAGCUGUGACGGCACAACAAGACACCAGAUGACAUGCUACACAGAUAUAGACUUUUAAGAAUGCAAAUAAUGACAAGGACAUCAAAGUUUUUUCAAUUUUCGGAAUAAAGUGAAGUUGUGAAUGAUGUUUUGAUGAUUAGUGUGAAUGAAAACACUGCCAUUUCUAUUUAUUUUUAAUUGUUUAAGUGUGUUUUUUUUUUUAAACAAGUUUACCUCUAAUAUCCCAUGGUUUUAGGAACAAAUAUAUAUCAUAGUUGCUGUCCUCAGGAAUAAGUAAACAAAAAUACCUCAGGACUAAAAACUUUUCAUAACUGUAAAUAAGCCAACUAUUUCCUUUUUUUGGCUUUAAGCUUUUUUAUUAUGCUGCAGAACAAUCCUUCCCAUAUUCAUAGAUUACAUCAUUAUAUAUAUAUGCAGUAUAGUGUAUGGAAGUUCCCAGUUAUUAUAGAAUAUAGGUAAGCCGUGUUCCUUUUACCAAAAAUGUAUUAUCUUUUGAGUGAUUUUCAUUCUUCUUUUUCUUAUUUUCUAUAACUUCGGUGUAUACUUGGUGAGCUUACUUGUACCUUUUUGUAUUCAUUAUCAUGAAAUUAUUAUAAGUUCUGAAAGUGCAGCACAAACCCUUAUAAAUUAUGUGGAAGAGUGUGGUAAGAAUGACUACAGGAUAAAUGAGUGUUGCAAAGAACAUUUAAGAUAUUAAUAAUUUGUUUCAAGAGUUAUCUACACCUGUUAGAGGUCUUACUAGAGGACACAUAUUGUAGAGGACAGAUAAAGAGAAUGACUUUCAGAAAUCACUCCCAAGAAAAGACAUCAUCGAAUAGCAUUUCUGUAUGCAAGUCAGAACCUGGAAAAUUUAGGUCAGGAAGACAGGACAGGAAAUCUUUAAAGGUUAAGGAAAAAAGGAACAAGUAUUUGAAUUAUCUGAAGCUACUGACAAACAAAGAUCAUUAGAUGCGCAGUUUUCCAUGAAUCAAAAGUUUUCUCUCUGUUUCUUAUAAUUGGUAUAAAAUAUAGCCUACAGUAAUGUAGAAACAUUUGAUAUUUGUGCUUCACUGUCAUAUAAGGAAUUUUUGUCACUAAAAAUGUCAAUGGUAACUUUUACACUUUACUUAAAAAUGCUCAUAUUUUUAGUGCCUUUCACAAUAUUUACCCAGAAAUCUCCACUUCACUUUCUCUGUCAGUAUAAACAUACACAUUGGCCAGUCAUAGUAAGACAACCCUUAUAUAUAUAUAAUUCUGUACUCUCUAUCUGACUUUUCUUUCGCUAAUCAUCUACAAAUUUUGGUAAAAUGGGAAUUUCAUAUUAAGUAAGACGAGUUAUAUAUGAACUCAAAUCCACCUGUACUAGUAGAAUACAAUAAUACCUGUACAAGAAUCAGGGCAUUUAUAAGUAACAUAGAAAAAGAAUUUCUGUUGCUAAGAAGUUAGCUUAUAGCUGCCUAAUUUAUGAGGGAAUAUAUGCUCUGCUUACAGUACCUAUAGUUUGUCAGUUUUGAGGUUGCAUAAUUUUCCAAUAGGUAGGGUAAAAUUAGAAAGAAAUCCGUACUUGGGAUAUGAUUAUUUGUAUUAAGAUGGUAAAUAUUAUUUGUUCCAUCAACUCAGUCUUGCAGUUGUAGCAGUUGCAGUAUAUAUAUCUUUAUCAUUAUCAUUUUAUCUUGAUUUUUGGAUUGUAAAAUCUACUGCUAUUUAAAAGAAAAGCUUAAGUAACUUAAAAAAAAAACGUAGUAACUAGAAAUAUAGUCAAUUUUUUUAUAUCAUUCUUUGCUCUUAUUGCUUUAUACAGCCCAUGUAUAUUUUGAGAUAUACCCGGGCUGUAUAUAUAUUUUACAACUGACAUAUUUUAGUCCCAGUGUAGGAUAAGCAGGAGAAAAGAAAGGCAUAUUUUUUCUUUUACUCAUGAAAUAAGAAUACCUAUCAGUUUAAAGGAAAUGUAAUAGCAGAAAGGUAGAGUGAAUGUGAUGAAUUUAUAGUGCCUGCAGCUAUCUCAAGAACCCUGCAAACAUAAGACUGGGAUUCCAUUUACAUUAAGUAAGUUAAGAUAAACUACGUUGCUGAAUAGAAGAGAAUGACUCCUUUUAAUGUUUCUGAAAAUGUGUCUACUACAUGAAAAUGAGAUAGUUCCAUUAAAUCAAAAGAUUCUUGCUAAUAAAUCUGGAAUUAAAUUUGUAUAGUAAAUCAUAAUAAGCCACAUUUAUUGGUAUACACAUCCAACUUUCGUAUACUCUAGAUAUAUAAGUUAAAUCAAUUAAGUUAAAUCAAAAGAUUCUUGCUAAUUAAUCUGGAAUUAAAAUUGCAUAGUAAAUCAUAAUAAGACACAUUAAAUGGUAUACAUAUCCACCUUUCAUAUACUCUAGAUAUAUAAGUUAUCUUUUCUGAACUUUGCAAGGAAUCAUUCUCAUUCUGAGUGUACUGAAGAUGCAGUGCAAACAGCAAGUGAAAAAGGGAUUUGGGGCAUUAUAAAUUAUUUUUAAAAAUUUGUGUAUAUAUGUAUAUUAGUAACUGUAUCUGUGAGUGAUGGUCAAUCAUGAGUAUUUAACACUGUCUAUUUUGUGUGUAAAAUAAAUGAGGAUUUAAGAACUGGUGGUACUUUACAGGCACCUCCAGACUGUGUGUGUAUAUAGAGUGUAAAAAGUGUAUAAAAUAUAUGAUUUUUUCCGUAACUGUAUGAUAUUUCCUCCUAAACUUUCAUAUGUCACAUUACAUAUAACAGUAUUAUGGAGAUGCUGAAGACAACCAUUCUAAUACUGUGUCUCAGAUGAAUUGUUGGCAUUUACAAACCAUUAAAGACAUUAAUAAAAAGCAAA